CAGAACCCACCUGUCGGGGCACCAGGACAAGCAUCUGCUGUGGGCUCCAGCCCAGGCGCCAGGAGGGCACCCGGCGAGUGGCCGGUGGCCCAGAGGGCGGAUGCCUGCUGGGGGCUGUACUCCGUGGGGCCCACACGGUGGCUGGUGGCCACAGCCCCCCAGUCCCCUGGCCCGGCAGCCCCCAUGCCGGCCCCACGGCUGCUCCUGCCUCUCCUCCUCCUCAUGGGGCUGACCUCGGGGGCCGGCCUGCUGCCAGGGCCUGGGAGCCACCCCGGCGUGUGCCCCAACCAGCUCAGCCCCAACCUGUGGGUGGAUGCCCAGAGCACCUGUGAGCGUGAGUGCAGCCAGGACCAGGACUGCGCGGAUGCUGAGAAGUGCUGCACCAACGUGUGCGGGCUGCAGAGCUGCGUGGCAGCCCGCUUCCCCGACGGGGGCCUGGCCGCACCCACCACAGCAGCCUCCUGCGAGGGCUUUGUGUGCCCACAGCAGGGCUCCGACUGCGACAUCUGGGAUGGGCAGCCUGUGUGCCGCUGCCGCGACCGCUGUGAGAAGGAGCCCAGCUUCACCUGCGCCUCGGAUGGCCUCACCUACUACAACCGCUGCUACAUGGACGCCGAGGCCUGCCUGCGCGGCCUCCACCUCCAUGUUGUGCCCUGCAAGCACGUCCUAAGCUGGCCUCCCAGCAGCCCAGGGCCGCCCGAGACCACUGCCCGCCCAACACCCGGCGUUGCCCCCGUCCCGCCUGCCCUGUACAGCAGCCCUUCCCCUCAGGCGGUGCAGGUGGGGGGCACGGCCAGCCUCCACUGCGACGUCAGCGGCCGCCCCCCGCCCGCCGUGACCUGGGAGAAGCAGAGCCACCAGCGGGAGAACCUGAUCAUGCGCCCGGACCAGAUGUACGGCAACGUGGUGGUCACCAGCAUCGGGCAGUUGGUGCUCUACAACGCGCGGCCCGAGGACGCUGGCCUGUACACCUGCACCGCACGCAACGCUGCCGGCCUGCUGCGAGCCGACUUCCCGCUCUCCGUGGUCCAGCGGGAGCUGGCCAGGGGCAGGGACCCCAGCGUCCCAGCCCCGGCUGAGUGCCUGCCAGACACGCAUGCCUGCGCUGGCCCAGCCUCCCCACACCGCGUCCUCUGGCACUUUGACCCUCAGCGAGGCGGCUGCAUGACCUUCCCGGCACGUGGCUGUGACGGGGCUGCCAGGGGCUUCGAGACGUACGAGGCGUGCCAGCAGGCCUGUGCCCGCGGCCCUGGCGAUGCCUGCGUGCUGCCCGCCGUGCAGGGCCCCUGCCAGGGCUGGGAGCCGCGCUGGGCCUACAGCCCGCUGCUGCAGCAGUGCCACCCCUUUGUGUACAGUGGCUGUGAGGGCAACGGCAACAACUUUGAGAGCCGCGAGAGCUGUGAGGACGCCUGCCCCGUGCCUCGAACACCGCCCUGCCGCGCCUGCCGCUUCCGGAGCAAGCUGGCGCCCAGCCUGUGCCGCAGCGACUUCGCCAUCGUGGGGCGGCUCACCGAGGUGCUGGAGGAGCCUGAGGCCGCGGGCGGCGGCAUUGCCCGUGUGGCCCUUGAUGACGUGCUCAAGGAUGACAAGAUGGGCCUCAAGUUCUUGGGCACCAAGUACCUGGAGGUGACACUGAGCGGCAUGGACUGGGCCUGCCCCUGCCCCAAUGUGACGGCUGGCGACGGGCCACUGGUCAUCAUGGGUGAGGUGCGUGACGGCGUGGCUGUGCUGGACUCCGGCAGCUACGUCCGUGCAGCCAGUGAGAAGCGCAUUAAGAAGAUCUCGGAGCUGCUCGAGAAGAAGGCCUGUGCGCUGCUCAACCGCUUCCAGGACUAGCCUCCCCUGGCCUCACCCACUGCCGCCCUCCUGCCCUGUGGAAUAAAAGGCAUCCCCUUGCCCCA